AUGGAGGAUGAACAAUCUGAGAAGUUUGAGAAAUUCACAUGGAAUGUUGAGAACUUCUCUCAGUAUAACACCGAAGUUGAUUUUUACUCCGAACCUUUUAUCAUAGGCGGAUAUCCAUGUGCUGUGGAAACUGCUAAUAUGUCUAAAGGAUGGAGGAGAAGACAUGUGAAGUUUAAGUUGUUCUUACUUAACCAAUUCGAUAGCAAAGAAUCAAUCACACAAGAGGGUGAAGUAGAAUUCAAUGCAAAUAGUUAUAUAAGGGAUGCUAAAUGCUUCGUGAAUUCAAGUGUACUUAAUUAUCAUAGUGGAUUUCUUGUGAAAGAUUCUGUUAUUAUUGGUGCAGAGGUUUUUAUUUGUAACUCAAAUAAUGAGAGGCAGGUGAAUCGAGAAUCUAGCUUAAUUACUUCCCAUACAUCUGGAAGUCAAACAGUACAAUUGGAAGCUCAAAUUCUAAUGCCUAAGCUAGGCGAAAUGAAUUGCCAAAAUCUAGGCGAACCUGUGGAUUUCAAUGAUUUUGGACAAAUAGAAAAAGCGUUAGUUCCAUUGUUAGACGAAAUUUGUGCUCAGCGCCCUUCACUUAUUGAGUGCCAGCAGAAAAGAAGUCACAAGUUUAGGGAAUGGGCUUUCAAUGCUCUCGGCAGAGUUCUUUAUUUCCUUAAGACUAGAAAGGUGAGAGAUAUGAAUGACAUAGCUUGUAAGGAACUGCAAAUUUACUGGGAGGAACUUGAGCACUUUGGUUUUGAUUUGACAUGGCUUGAACCUCAUGUUCAAACAGCCUUAGGAAUGAAAGUUUAUGUAGAGAAAGCUCUGGAGUUUGAAAAACUUAAGGAUAAUGAGGUAGCUCUCGAGUUGGAAAUUAUGAGGAUGAAUGCAAAGAUGGCAACUCUUGAGAUAAAUCUGCAUGCUGUCAGGGACUUGUUGGAAGCAGAAGACUACGAAGAGAGUAGGGAUGUCAAUUGCAUCUGUUAAUGGGGAUCCCUGUGGGGAAUAUCUGUGCGGAGAUCCGAAGUUGGAGAUUUUUUUCCCCGUGGGGAUGGGGAUGGAGGGAAAAGUUCCCCCGAUAACAGUUUGGGGCGGGGAUUGGGAAAGUAUCCUCCGUCCCCGUGGAUUCCCCGACUCCGAAGAUAUAUGUUAAUUUAUAUAUUUUAUAUAUAUUAUAUAAUUAUAUAAUUUUACAAUGUAUUAGAAAAUGAAGAGUAAUUAGAAGUUAUAGAUUUGUCACACAUAAUUAACCACUUGCGUUGGACGACAUCGGUAUUGUGGUAGUAAAU